AUGAAAACAAACAGUAUUCAUUCAGAUAUUAUGGAUAAAUAACCUAAAUACUCCCAAUUCAUUAAUUCUUAACUUUUUAAUUGCUAUCGAGUUGUAACUAAGGAUCGUUAGAAUAAAUCUCAUAAUUAACUGAGUCCAUCAGAUGACUAAAAAUUAGCAUAAAAUUUAUCAACAUCUUAAAGUUAUGUAAAUGCUAUGAAAGCAUUAUAAGAUAAAAUUAAAUCUUUGGAAAUUGAAAAUUAAAAUCUCCAAUCCAAAAUUGUAAUUAUACCUUAUAUCCAUUCAAUUAGUCGUCAUAAGGUUUUAAAGAGUUAAUUAAAUAAACAGAAGGGAAAUAAAGAUAAAUAAGUAGCCAUAAUAAAAUAAAUGAAAAUUAGUAAAUAAAAGAAAAAGAACUAAAAUUAGUUUAGAUGGAAUUAGAAAAAAACUAAACAAGAGAUGAAUAUGAAUAGAAAAUUUUGUAAUUACAAUAAAAUUUAAUAAAUAUUACUUAAUAAUCAGAUUAACGAUAUAGAGAGCAAUUAGAAUAGAUACAAAAAUUGUAAAUAUAAUAUUGAUAUCUUAUUAGAUAAGAUUAAUUAUAAUUAUAGGGAGAAAGUAAUUAAAAUUAUCGGGAUAAAAUUAACUAAUAAACUCAAGCAAUAUAGCAUGAGAAAUAAGUAAUUUUUAUAAUUAUAUAAAUAGAAUAAUAAUAAUCUAGAAUUUAUUUUAGAUAAAGAAAAGAGGGAAACUAAAUUUUUAGUAGAAAAGAAUGAACGAUUGUAAGAUGAAAUUAGUAAAUUAAAAGAAUAAUUAUUUGAUAUACACAAUUAUAUGAAUUGGUAUACAAAAUAAUAUGAUGAGUCAACAAUUUAAAGUAUAAUGUAUAUUUUAUUUAAAGAAUUACAGGAAGAAACAACAAAAUAUAAAGCAUAAAUUUAUGAAUUAAAAAAUUAGUUGGAUUAAUAUAAGGAACAAAAUUUAAAAUUAUAAUUAGGUUUAGAUCAUAAAAAGUAAGAGUUAUAAAAAUCAGAGUUAAAAAGAGUUAAGAAAUUAUCAGAAUCUAAUAUAUAGAUAGAUAUGUUAAAACAACAAUUAAUUAGUUUAUCUUCAAAUUCAAAUAUUCAUACAUAAAGUCCAAGAGAGACAUAAAAGAAAGAUUAUGUUAAAUAGAAUGCAAAUAUAGGAAAUAAAAUAUAAAACUUAAGGAAUCAUAGAUAACAAAAUAAAGAUAACUAGAUAAAAAUGUUAGAUUAACCAUACAAUUCAAUAUUGAAUAGUUAAUAAGAAUCUUUUAAAUAAUAAUAAAAUGAUUCAUAAAGUAGUGUUUUCAGUAGAUUGAUUGUAAAGACUUAAGAAGAGAAUUUUCUUACUCAAUAGAAAAGUGAUGAAAGAAAUAAUUUUGUGAAUUCAACAGAUGAAAGAAUAUAUCUGGAUUAAUAAAGUGCAAAUAAACACUAAAAAUACAUCUAAAAUUAAUCAAGAAUUCAUUAUUUAAAUGAAUAAUUAAAAAUACUUAAUCAGAGAUAUGAAGAUAUUGAAAUUGAAAUUUAAUAAUCAAAUGAUUUUAAAAUAAAAAGAGAAAAAAGAUAAUAUCUACUUCAAAUAAUAGAUUAAAUAUAAGAUAUAAAUAAAGAGUUAAAUGAUAAUUUAACCAAAGCCAAACUUGCUUAAAGCUAUUGA